AUGUCAAAUAUCACAAUUUCCCACCCAACAUUUUUUAAGCUACUUGGGAUUCCUGGCCUGGAAUCAUCCUACUUCUACAUAGGAUGUAUCUUCUUCUUGGUGUACGUGAUUUCGGUGAUGGGAAAUAUUACCCUUCUCAUCAUCAUAAGAAUAGACCAGAGUCUCCAUCAUCCCAUAUACUUCUUUCUCUGCAUGUUGUCAUUAGUAGACCUGGCGUUGACCACCGCCACCACGCCCAAGGUUGUUGGAAUCCUUUGGUUCAACUCCCAAGAAAUUUACUUUGAGGCCUGUCUGAUGCAAAUGUUCUUCAUCCAUUCCUUUGCCACCAUGGAGUCCGCAGCUCUUCUAGCCAUGGCAUUUGAUCGAUAUAUCGCCAUCUGCCAUCCUCUCCGGUAUACUACCCUGCUGACCAAUCAGCUUAUUUUUUCUAUCGGUGUCGCUUUGGUGAUUAGAGGGGUGUUAUGUGUAAUGCCGCUGCCUAUCCUUUUCCUGAGACUGUCCCUGUGUAAUAACAGUGUUAUCCAUCAUUCUUUCUGUGACCACAUCGCUGUGGUGAAGUUGGCUUGUUCCGACACAAAUCUCAAUAGUCUUUAUGGAUUAGUGGUGGCAAUGCUCAUUGUUGCCCUAGACUUGGUCUUCAUCUGGUCCUAUAUCCUGAUCCUCCAUGCUGUGUUUCAGUUGGCCUCCAGAGAUGCGAGAUCCAAAGCUCUUAGUACAUGUGCCUCCCAUAUUUGUGCCAUUGUUAUGUUCUACCUCACUGUUGUCCUCUUAUCUGUGGUCCAGAGAUUUGCAAAAAAUGUUCCUCUUUACAUUGUUAUCUUGUUGGCCAAUGUCUACCUGAUGCUGCCACCUCUGACGAACCCCAUUGUGUACGGUGUGAAGACCCAACAAGUUCGGAAUAGAAUUCUUUCUUUAUACCGUCGUCAU